UUGGCUGCUACAACACAUCUUGUAAUUAGGUCCCAAAUCUAAAAGAAAAACUAAUAUUAGGACAAAGCCAAAGUUGGAUUCUUCAAACGCAGAAAAAUUCCAAUACAGUAGCGGUAGUGAGAAAAGAUGGCGAGUGGAGGUGCUGCUGCUGGUGGAGGAAAAGUGUCGUUCAAAGUCACUCUUACUUCCGAUCCCAAAUUGCCAUUCAAAGUUUUUAGCGUACCGGAGGCAGCUCCGUUCACCGCUGUUCUCAAAUUUGCGGCGGAGGAAUUCAAAGUCCCUCCCCAAACAAGCGCCAUCAUCACUAAUGAUGGAGUGGGAAUUAAUCCUCAACAAAGUGCAGGUAACGUCUUUCUUAAACAUGGAUCUGAACUGCGCCUAAUUCCUCGCGAUAGGGUCGGUGCUUCGUGGAUCUCAUUCUGAAUGUUUAGCUUUAUAUUUCAUCUUACCUAGGAGGUGGGGAUAUUAUUUCUCAAUUGACUAGCACAUUGCCUUUAGAUGUCCUUAUCUUUUGAUGUUUUAAUACUAAUUACUAAGUACAGUUGAGUAUCAGAUUGAAAUGAACAAUGUUAAAAAAAAAUGAAUAAUGGGUUUUGUUGAGAACUGAUAUCUAACUUGAGGAUUCAAUUUGCCAUGUCAAAAUUCUAUUGGGAGUAAUCAAUAAAAUGGUUACUCUGUUGCUUCUA